CGGCUGCAGCGGCCUCUCAGAUUGAAGAGCUCUCUUUCUCCUGCAACUGGCUGCGUCGGCCAUGACUGCCGAGCGGGCCGCAGGCGGUGGCGACGCCGCGAGGCCCAAGAAGGCGGCCAAGGGCAAGGGCUCCAGCAAGGGCUCUGGCAAUGGGGGCACUGGGUCGACCACCGUCGGCACGACAAUAUCCAACCAUGCGUCUGCGAGCCUUCUCCAGACAGUUCAGGAUUCGUUGAGCGUGAUCAAGGCCCACCCUACGUUCCUGGACAUCGACAAGCUGAACCCUUUGAAGAUCGAGGAGGGCGGAUCGCAGACUCCUUUCAAGCAGGCCGAUUGCGAAAUGGUCUUGAAGGUGGAGGGCGACGGCGUCACGUCCUACAGAUGCGGCGGCAACUUCUUCUGGCAGAAUACGUGCUGGUUUCCAAAUCCGAAGACGCCGGUAAAUCAUGGACAAGUGAAAGAAAAGCAGAAGAGUCUGGUCCCUGAUGAGCCUCCGUGCCGCCUGGACUUCGCGACUGUUAUUGCGCUGGACUCGCGCGACGUGCCUGCCAUGAGUCAUCGUGGCGCACUUCAGCGCUUGUCUCCGCGCGAGCCAGCAUUGGCCCUUCUGUUCAGCAUCCACGAGGCCAUCGCCAAGAAGGUCGAUGAUAACACCUUGCUCAAGUGGCGCAAGCUCGUCCUCUCAGCACCCUUCGAGUUCGAAGUUGUCAAGGAAGGCAACGACGACAGGUUCUGGAGGGCGCGCAACGUGAGGCAGAACUGCACCCAGAAUGGGUUGGUCGUUCGGCUUUCGACCCGACAAUGGAUAUUCGACGCGAUCGGUUUCAAGGAGGGCGAGGAGAAGGUGGUGUCCAAGAGCCCCAGCGCCAUCCAGGUGGCAAAGCUCUACCAAGAUCGCAUGGACUACGCCAAGAACACCGAGAAGGUUACGAUGCAGCGAUGACGAUACAUAAGCGUGUUCUGAGUCUUCCCAUCGCCGCCGAGUGGUUGGAGUGGGCCGACGAGGCCCCCACCGAUCAGUCUCCUUGG